AUGUACUCUCUCAGGUUGGCUAGCAGCAGCAGCAGCACGGGGCUCGGCAUCGCGCUCGGCCGGUUCGGCGGGAAGAGAGGCGGCGCAGCGCCGGUAGGAUUCGUGGCACCAGCCACCGCCGCAGCGCACGGAGGUAGAAGGAGCGUCGCCGCGACGUCGAACGCCGCCGCGCCGGUGCCGGGCGACCAGGGCGUGGGCAUGGACCCGGCCAAGCAGCAUCAGCAGCAGCUGCACAAGCAGCCGCCGCCCCACGCGCCGGAGGGGAAGCAGCAGGGCAACAACACAGACGACAAGCACACGGAAGUGACGGAACGCGGGGACGUGAUGACCCACUCGUUCGGGGAGGGGUACGCGACGAGGUCCGACGAGGAGGGGUUUGGGGGAGUCUACGGCCAGAACGACCCGGUGUUCAACCCCGGGACCGAGGUGCACCCCAACCAUCCUGAUUACGACACCUCGCAGGGGUCGCAUGUGAAGGAGAAGGAGAAGGCGCGCCAUCUCAAGGACGACAAGCACGCCACCUAGAUCAGCUAGCUUAGUAGCAAUAGACAUGAUCACUAUCAAUAAUUAGCUUAUCGUAGCAUGUCCUAGUUUUCAGUUAGCCUCAGUUAGCUUGGUUGCCAUGAUGUGGC